AGAUGGCGGCCCACUAAUUCACUGCGACAACGCAGUCCAGACGUGUCUGCUAAUACCAUUAAGAUUUCAUUUUGAGGGGUUAAGACGCUGAUUUCUUCUGCAGAUUAAAACAAAUAAAAAUAGAAAUCCAAUGAAACCAAUGUUUAGACGGACACUUCCUCCGUCCGUGAGGAGUCUUCUGACUGACAUCGGUCCAAAGGACGAGUGGCCGGAUGAAGAACAGGAUGCCUCGGCGGUCAGCAGGGAUGGGAUCCUGCUCCCUGAAAGAGGGUCCUCAUUUGGAAACGAAGACUUUAUCGCUAAGGCUGACGGGAAGAACUCAAAAGUGUGCAUGCUGUGCAACUGCAAGCCUGCGUCCUAUACCUGCCCACGGUGCAACUUGCAUUACUGUGGCGUAGCUUGCUACCGCAGCCCAUAUCACUCCUUGUGCUCGGAGGAGUUCUUCAAAGAGUCUGUUCUUGAGGAGCUGAAGAACAUGGGGGAAACAGACCAAGACAGGAAGAAGAAAAUGCAGGAGAUUCUUCUUGGUCUGAGACAAAAGGCACAAAUGACAAAUGGAGGACUGGAAAGUGUGUUCAGAGAAGCCGGAAUAGAUCAAGAUGCCAACAUUAAGGCUGUGGAGCUCCUGUCCAGAUUAGCUGAGCUUCAGGAGUCUGGAGCAGAUAGUGGGGCGGAGAUUGAGGACAUCUUGAAAACGUUGGAAGAGAUUGGAGGCCUGGAAGCAGAUGAGGAGCCAUCAGGAAGCGUGGCCCAACAUCUGUCAGGGCUUGAUCUCGACAAGCUCUCCGAAGAAGAGCUGUGGGCACUCCUUGACAGCCGGGAGAAGGAGAAGUUCACGGGUCUGCUGAGGGGCGGAGCUCUCGGUGGUUUGAUCAGAGUGUGGAGGCCGUGGUGGGAGGAACACAAAGAGGCGGGGAGAGCGCUGGUGGAAGUGCUGGAGCAGGAGGUUCAGAAUCCAGACAAGAAAGUGAAAAAGAUUCAAGACAAGAAUAAAAACGUAUGCUCCGUAGUCUCUGGUGUUCCUGCGAUCUCUGCAAAAAUCCCCAAACUGAGCUCCUUAUGUCGGAAUCCAUCUCCGUUGGUCUGCUAUAGUGUGAUCAACACUCUUUAUUGCUAUACUUUCGCAUUGCAGCUCUUCAACGGUGACUGUGAUUCGCUCCUCUUUGAGUUCUGUGAUAUGAUGCUCAUGUUGUCCCAGGGGCUGAGCUCCAGCAAGGUUUUCAACUCCGUGCAAGAGGCCAUACACAGCGGCGAGACUCUUAUCUUAGCAGGAGGAUACCUCAACAAACAAGAAUCCUGCACCACAGACUUGGCAGUAGAAGCCACUGCUCACAUCCUGACAGGUAGAGACAAGGAAAACGCCACAGUAUACAUCCUUGCAGCCUUGAGUCAGCUCCGCUCGGCACUCACCCGAGCCAGAGCCGCUCUCUCCAAGGAGGGCGAAGAAGGCGCAAAGAGACAGAAAUACUUCCUGGCUUCCAAGAAGUGUCAAUUCUUUCAAGCCUGGACGCUGGAUCAUUCGCGUCACACACGUGGGCUGGCUUUGGAGCUGUGGAACGAGCGCAGUCGACGAGAGGGCGAAAGGAAAAGUGCGGAGGAAACAAAGACUCUAGUUGAGGAGAGCUUUAAAAAAGGAAAGAGGAAAGGUAACACGAAGUUGAUUCAAGAAUUAAACUAACAGCUAUUAUAAAGGUUUGUGGUGCAAUAAAUAGGAAAAACACUUUCUCUCAUUAUUCAUAAAAUGUUGAAAGAGUUUGUAUAUGUGAAUAAAGUGCAUAACAGGUCAACCCACAUUUGAUAUUUGUGAUAUUGUUAUAAUCUA